UGUCGUCGGAUUCGCGUCGCUGGGACUCUGGCAGCUUUUUUUCGUAAAUUCGGUGUUGAAAAUUGGGCCUUUUUUUCGGGAAAAUUGGCGCGAGAAUACGGGCAAGAAUUGAGGUGAAAGAGGUAAAUUGGGAGUCUGAGAAAAAGUAAAAUCUCGGGGAUGAUGGCGGUCUGUAGGGUCACGUGAUCGAGAUUAGGGAGAAAUGGCGCAAACCAGGGAUUGAAACAUGGGAAAUGUUUCGUUCUGGGGACAGCAGUGUUAUUUGUUUACAAGCAUGAGGCACUGUACACGUGUUGAGUGAUUGUGAUUUUUUUUUGACAGUUGGAGGUAAAAAAUGACGGGCAGGGGCGGAAAAAGAAGGGGGAGACCCCCGAAGUCGGUGGUGAUGGAGAGGCCGAAAAAGUUCCAGUACCACUUAAUGAAAAAGCCGAAAUAUUUGCAAAACAAGGGUACAGAAACGCCUUCAAGUCAACCGAGUACGCCGACGGUUUCGAGAGCUUCGUCGCCGGUAGAAAGCGAGGAAAGCAGAAGAAGCACAAGAAUAAAAAAGACGAGAGGACCCCGGGAUAGACACUCCAGAAAAGGUGGACAUUCAGCAGGCGCUUAUCAGCGUCGCGGAUACAAUCCAAACGUUGACUACCACGACUCUGAAUACCAUUAUGGUUCCGACUUUGGAGACGAGUCGAGCGAAAAGAGCGAAAUCGAGGAAGACCAGAUUCAGUCGGACGAAGAUUCCUCCGAGAGUAUCGAGGAACCGGAUCCCUCCAGUGACAGUGAUUUCUCGCUUUCAAGCUACAGCACCACGAGUGGAACACCUCGAAAGUCCCUCCUUGGUCAACAAAGACCCCCGAGUCCUGAGCCACUUUGGCUUCAGAAUCGCGAGCUCCCUCCGCUCAACCUUCCCAAAACUUCUGACGAUCUUCUCGUUCCCAAGGAAUUCGUCAUGCCCUCCCUCUCAAUUUAUGAAGUCCUCAGGCACUUCCAAACCCUCGUGAGACUCACACCCUUCAGAUUUGAAGACUUCUGCGCAGCACUUGUCUGCGAAGACCAGACUAAUCUACUCGCUGAGAUACACAUCAUGCUUAUAAAGGCCCUCCUCAGAGAAGAGGACUCCCAGCAAACACAUUUUGGGCCUCUCGAUCAAAAAGACUCGGUUAAUGUCAGUCUUUAUUUUGUCGACUCCAUGACCUGGCCGGAAGUUCUCAGAUCUUAUGUCGAGAGUGACAAGAGCUUCGAUCAAAAUAUUCUUAAUAUUUUAUCAACUUGUGAAUAUCCGUUUACUGCGAUUGACGACAGGAUCAAGGUUCUGCAGUUUUUGACUAAUCAGUUUUUGAUUACAAAUCCUGUACGUGAGGAUCUUCUACACGAAGGAAAUGUUCAUUAUGAUGACCACUGUCGAGUUUGCCAUCGUCUUGGAGAUUUGCUGUGCUGUGAAACCUGCCCAGCAGUUUUUCACUUGGAAUGUGUGGAGCCUCCGUUGGUUGAUGUACCAACCGAAGAUUGGCAAUGUGGUUUAUGCAAAGCCCAUAAAAUAUCAGGCGUCGUUGACUGUAUUCCCGACGUAGAGAAAAAAGGAAUUCUCUGCAGACAAGAGCAUCUUGGAUUCGACAGACAUGGACGAAAAUACUGGUUCCUUACUAGAAGAGUUUUCAUAGAAAGCGAAGAAGGAGAAGUUUGGUACUACAGCACGCCUUUGCAGUUGGAAGAAUUGAUAAUGUCUUUGGAUAAAAACGAAAUGGAGGUCGCGCUCUAUCGCGAAUUGUCCGAUUAUAAAGAAGAAAUCGUCCGUCAGAUGGAAAUAACUGAAUCACUUACGAAUCAGAUCAAGGGCAAUAAGAAAUCGUACCUCGAAGUCGAAAAUGCCCUGAUUGUGAAGCAAAGAAAAGAGCGCGAAGAGCGCGAGGAGAAAGAAAAAGAAGAGAAACGCGAGAAAGAGCGCCAAGAAGCCGAGGAAAUGGUUCGCAGAAUCCACGAAGGCACCGACUCACUAGAAGAGCGUCUCGCCGUUGUUUCGGGUCAAAGCGAGGAUAAAGAGAAGCAAAAUAAUCCUGUAGUUUCCGACCAGGUUCCGGAAGUUGUUGGAGAAACGGUCGAAGUCGAGGGUGAGUCGGAACCCACCACCGACCUCACAAAAUUAACGAAAACCCCUUCCUCCUCUUCCGAGGAUGUCGAAGAGGAAGUCAUGGAAACCGAGGACGGCAUCAAGGUCAAUAAAGACGGGAAGAAGCACUCGAUCGUUACAAGAUCUAAAACCGGAUCUCUCACUCCUCGUACAUUUAACAUGGACGACCUGAAACGCAAAUCCAAAGAGGAGCAGGAAAAACUCGACCGACUUAAAGAUGAAGGCGACAGCACUCGACUCACUAGACAAAAGGCUCAUCAAAUCGCCACCGGAACUCAUCUGUUUAAACUUGGCAUGGACAAUAAUUUCAAAUCAUACGUCAAUCAGUACACCACCAAUGUCAUAUCAUUGAAUAAACCGCAGAGAAAUGAAGAAAGGGACAAAAAGCGACAUCUUUCACACAAAUUUUCCCUAACUCCUCUUUCCGAGUUCAAGUGGAUCGGUAGCUUGACCGGUACUCGAGCGCUGCUUGUUUCCACUUUGAGACAGACGAUUCUCCAAUUGGAAAGCAGCAUUCAAGCUCCCUUCAUGCACACAAAUUGGCCUCUACUUCGAAAACCCUGGACGACUGCAGUUGGCACAUGCGUCAAUCCUCGAGAUUUUGCAAGAGCUUUGAUAGUUUUGCAGGCUUGCAUCAAACCCGUCGUUUUCGCGAACGUUUGGAAUGAACAACUCGGGCAUGUGAAACUAAAGAGGGUGACGGCUUUGGAAAGAGAGGAGAAAAAGCGCCUGGACAAGAAGGAGAAAAAGGAAAAAGAGGAUGAGGAAGAGAGGAAUCGAUUAACUUACAACUUUGUCAAGUACACAUUGGGCUUGAAGCAUCAGAUUUGGAAACAGAAAGGAGAAGAGUAUCGAGUUCACGGCCAGUGGGGCUGGCUCUGGAUUUCUGCGAGUCGGAGAUACAAAGCUGCUGUAAAUAAGCCGGGAUUAAAAGCUGGGCCACAGAAAAUCAUGGUUCAGAUUCGAGACCAGGACGGGAUCAAAAUUCUAGCGCUAGAUCCUCCAACUUACGAGUUUUUGGUGAAGGAGUAUUGCAAACCUAAGGAGACGAAGGAAAUUGCGGAGGUGAAAGAAGAGGUCAAGGAAGAGAUUAAGGAAGAGGAGGUGAAGGAGGAGUCGAAGGUGAAGAGGAGUUUAAGAAAUAAGAAGGAACUGAAAGAUCAGAAAAAGGAUGUAAUUGAUCCAAAAGAAAAGGAAGAAGAGGAUCUAAAAGAAAAUGAAACAACUGAUCAGAAAGAUGUGAAGGAGGAGGAAGUGAAGGAUGAGAAGGAUGAAAAAAUGGAAGUCGACCAGAAGCAAGAGUCGAAAAUGAAUCUCGCCUUCCUCGCCGGGAUGAAAAUCGAAAAGGUCUUUGAACCAAUUGAAAGUUUCGAGGAGAUUGAUAUAAUGAAAGCUUUGACGACGCCAGGCCGUCUUCACUAUCCGAAAAUAGCCAAGAAAUGUCGGAUUGACGACUUUUUAGCCAGAAGAACUCAUCUGAAGUUACUCGAGGAACGGAGAGUGCUUCAGGCGGAAAAAACGAAGGAAAUAAAUCAGAAAAAUACCCAAGAAGGAGAAGAAGGAGACAAUAAUGAGGAGAGUGACACUGACGGGACUGAGAUGUUCCAGAAUAUUUUGGCGGGCAAACCAAUGAAUAAGACACUUUCUCCCUAUGCGAGAGAAAUGAUGACAGUUGUGGGAAAAAGGAUUCAGCAGGUGAGGGUGCAGUAUGCGAAUAUUAUGAGAUUAGGGAAGAGUGGAAGGUGCUAUUCGAAGUUCUGCAACAUGAUGACACAACCGGGGAAGACGGUGCCAGCUGCACAACAUUUGACGGCGAGUUGCUACUCGCCGCUUUGUCUGCAAAAGGCGAGAUUGAAGAGGGAGUUGCUGAUUUUGAUGCGGAAAGCAAGCGCUCUGAAUAAUAAUCAACUUCCAACUAUCACGAAAACUGGAGAACAGGGUGAGAAAAAUGCAGUUAAAGUGGAAGGGGAGGAGAGCAAGGAUGCGAUCAGGAAGGAUUUGGAAUCUGCGGUCGCUUUAGCGACUCAUUGUUCGGAGGAAGUCAAGGCGGAGAAUGUGGAACAGAAUGGAGGCAAUGCAAAGAAGAUCAAGUUGGAAGUGAAAGAUGAGGUGAAAGCAGAGAAAUCAGAAAUGACCGUUACUACCACAAGCAGCGUUGUGACAACAACAGUAACUACAACAACUAGUCAGACUGUAAAAUCGGUUGAUGGCAUUGUCAAAAAAGUGGAGGAGAGUUCGGAAAAUGCGAUAGACGUAACUUCAGUUAUUGCCGAAACGAAAACCAGUAAUAAGACAGGAUCUAUGACGGUGGUAAUAAAUCGUAGAGGAAGAACGCUACAGCGAACUGUAGUUGAAAAGGAACUAAACCCAGAUGGGACAGAAAAAGUUUAUGCAACAAAAUCCUCCCAGGGUAAAGUUUACUUGAAGAAAAUCUCGAUUUCCAUCGCGGACCGAAGGAAAAAGAGAACUCCAGUGAAAUAUCCGCUGUGCUCAACUUUCUCCACGAAGACUAAACACCGUAGUAUUCUUCUGCUCCCGCAGCACGAGUUGAGAAAACUGUCGAGACUUGGAGGACGAACUCCGGUUUUGGGAUUCAAUCACUCUGCAAAGGCAAACAUGUCGGUGUGGCCUUAUCCUUGUCCUAGGCCCUUGUUCAAAACCUGCUGGCUUUAUCGUACCGUGGGAUUAAAAUCAUUGGCCUCAGCGGCUCUUCAGUUGCGAAUUUUAUGGGCGUGUCUUCGAUGGGACGACAUGGCUGCGAAGCCUCUUUCCACCGACGGAAAACAUCAAAUUACAACCGAUACGGAAAUCAUGUCGCUCGAAAUUUUAAAACAUCGACAAGUUGGACAAUUUAUGGACAAGACUCAAUAUUUACGAAGAAAAGUUGUUAUUCCGCUUGAACUUCCCAAACAAGUCCGAGAGGUGACUUCUAUACGAAGCGGAUUAAGGAAACGAAAACGACCUGAAUCUCCACACAGCACAGAACCUCAAGUUUCCGAGGAAUGGGUCGAUGAAGACAAAUUAGAACUCUGGGAAAUUAAACAAUACGGUGACAGGUUAGAGAAGGCUAAUGCCCAGAUUAUUACUAGGAGCCGAUCCGGUGUGCCACAAUCAGUGGUGGUUGGUAAUAGAGGAACCGCUUCCGCCACCGCUGGCGCGGAUCAGCUCGUUAGUGGAAAACAAACUCCAGAGGAGAUUAAAGAGAAAAUGGAACAGCAACUUAGAAUGCAGAGAGCUGCUCAUCAACAGAAAAGGGCUCUUGAGACUCUUAAGAGUCCUGCAAUUGGAAACUCCUCUGUCAAUCAACUUGUCAAGGUCACGUCAAAUUCGAAUCAAGACGGAUCGAUUAAGGUUGUUACCAAAGUUGCUAUACCCGCGACUCCGAAUACAAGCCAAGGAAAAUCGCAACUUACUUCCUUGUUGACGACGCCGUCGCAAAAUAAAACUUUCAUCGGCACGAGGCGAAUCUACAUGACGAAGACACCGGACGGUAAUACGCGUGUCAUUUCUGGACCGACGAGCAUUUUACCAAAGACCCAACAGCCACAGACCCCAAAUCAACAACAGUCUUUAAUCAAAGUCGCAAGCCAACCUGGAACUCCAAACGCAUCGCAAAGCCAGCAGCGAGUGCAAAUUUUGCGAGGACCCGAUGGUAAAUUGCAAGUUCGAGGUUUGAUGCCUGGUCAACAAUUGGUCCAAAUGCCAGAUGGAAAAUUGCAUGUUCUUAAUACAAAUCAGUCGCCUCAAAUUUCGACACAAAGUCCACAAAUUUCGGGAACAAACACACCGACAUCUUCUACAGUUCAGAUUGGGCCCAAGACUCCAAAUACGUCGAAAAUUGCCUCCACAGUUUCAGGAACACCUGUGAAAAUAGCACCAUCGAAAACGGUAGUUAUUCAGCACACGCAGCAAGGAGACGUGAUAGAACAGAACCAAGCUUCUCAAAAGCUGGUUCCAACUACUGUUCAAAGAAAGUCUGUUGCUGCUAGUGGAACGGCGACGCCUCAGAAAAAUACGAUCUUGGUUACAAGUAGUGGACAAAUAGUUCAGGGAUCUCAGGUUAUGCCAACUGGCAAUCAAGUCAUCAACACAGGUCAAAUUGUUGUUAACAAUCCGGCUCUGGCGCAACAAUUAGCUUCAGGAAAAGCGCAACUUGCAACGAUAGGAGGUCAUCAAGUUAUUAUCCGCAGCACUCCAACUGGAAAUCAAAUCUUGCAUUUGAAUUCCCCAAAUAGCGGAAUUAUUGUUAAGAAUGCUGUGACGCCUGUUAAAACACAAAAAGUUGCAGCACCUGCGGUGCAAAAGUCUCCGGUGUCGACCCCUGCCGAACAAGUCGGAACUCCAACGAACAACAUCGUACCAAAUACACCAGCAGCAACUACAACUCCAACUGCAACUCCAACGACAACUCCAACUGCAACGCCAGUGACAACUCCGAUUGUAACUACGGCCGCGACAACACCGGGAACUCCAACUCCAGGAAGUAUAGAGGCUUCGUUGCUGGCUGAUCAACCGCCAGGAACUAUAAUAAAGUGUGUGACUGCACAAGUGAUUCAAACAACCCAAGGGCCCAGAAUUGUUCUUACUGGACUUCAAGGGGCCGACUUCACGCCCCAGCAACUCUCAAUGGUUCAGCAACAAGUGAAGCAACAACUUUUGAAAGCGCAAGCAAAAACCGGAAAACAAGGAGUUCUUGGUCCCACGAAAAUUUAUUUGGCAGUUCAUCCAGCGCCAGGAAGUCAAGCUGAAACUCCCCAGACUCAAACUCAAGCUCAAGUUUCCAAGGUUCAAACCCCAACAACUGUUGUUUCGAGUGUGAAACAAGAAGGUGUGACUGACCAAAAUUCCCAAACUCAAACACCUGUUGUGAAAAAAGAGCCGGAUCUCGUAUCAGAGUCGAAAUCUGCUCCCGUUUCACCCGAAAAACCCAAAGUUGUUGUCCAGCAAGUCGGAAGAAAUGCGGAAACGGAAGAAGAACCUCAUAGAACAAACAUGGCAAAUGGCCAACAACCUCCACAAAAUCCAAGAGAUCAAAAUCAGUCCGGGUCUAAUAAAUUUAUUAUCACUCCGGAUUAUAUUCAGCAAACCAUUAAGAGUGCGUUGAAGCAAGAGAAUUUGAAUCCAGAAAUCGAGGAGAAGUUGUUGCAACUUCAAAGGUACCAAGAAAAACAAAUGAAAGGCUCGGACAAUUCCGUAUCGAGUCACCAGACACAUCAUGUGCCGGUUACGACGACGCCGAGGGCCCCCGCGAGAAAAAGACCUGCACCUUCUUCUAACAUUCCUUCCACAACUAUUAGUAAUUUACCAAAUAUUUCGAAUAAUAAGGAGGCAGAAAUCGGCGAGCCUCCGAAAAAGAAACCACCGCCGAGGCAAGAACAUCGAGAAAUGGCAAAACUGCACAAACCUUUUGAGACGCAGGAAAACGAUCUCGCGUUAAAGAAUCGCCCCAACAAAUUAAAAGACUCGCAGGAACUGAAGAGAAGAACGAAAGUAACCUCUCAAAUGAACGUUUUACUAUUUCGACACAAAGAACUUCUCAAAAAGGACAUUCUCAAGAAACGAGCGCUUCUGGAGAAGGAAUUGUCUAUUGACAUUCAGAAGGACCUCUCGGCGGAAUUGGCAAGCAGGACGAAGGCAGAAAGGCACAAGCAGGACGAAGUUAAAGUCGGAACUCCCAAACGCAAACCAACUCCGCAAGCCGCUCAACAAGUUAGUCCACCGAAUCGAAGUGGAAAGCCUAAAAGUCGAAAAUCCCAAGGAAAUAGUAUUACUCCACCCGGAGGAUCUUCCGCUCCUAAUGCGAAUCGAAUGAGAAAAGAAAAGCUGUACUGUCUUUGCAGGACACCUUAUGACGAAACUAAGUUCUACGUGGGAUGUGACUUAUGCAACAAUUGGUUCCAUGGUGAAUGUGUCGGCAUUACGGAGGAAAUGAGUAAAACGCUGUCGGAAUUCGUUUGCACGGAAUGUCGACACGCGAGAGACACGCAGGAACUUUAUUGCCUUUGUAAACAGCCCUACGAUGAAUCUCAAUUUUAUAUUUGCUGUGACAAGUGUCAAGACUGGUUCCACGGUCGGUGCGUUGGAAUUCUACAAUCGGAGGCGGAUAAUAUUGACGAAUACGUUUGUCCUAAUUGCCAACGCAAUUCGUCCGUGAACUUUGCAAAUAUGAAGAACCUCAACGCAAAAGAUCUUGAUCUUCUAAAAAAGCUGAUCAAGUCGAUUCAGGCGCACAAGAGCGCUUGGCCAUUUAUGGAACCUGUUGAUCCGAACGAAGCACCGGAUUACUACAAAGUUAUCAAAGAACCGAUGGAUUUGCAGACGAUAGAGUUGAGGAUAAACGACAAAAACUAUAAGAAACUAAGCGAGUUCAUCGGAGACAUGACAAAGAUUUUCGACAACUGUCGCUACUACAACCCGAAGGAGUCUCCCUUCUUUAAAUGUGCCGAGGCCCUGGAAACAUACUUCGUCCACAAAAUCAAGUCUCUAAGGGAAAAGUUUUCGGAGGGAAAGUGAGAAAUCAAAACCCAAGUGUAAAAAAACCCAAAUCCCUAAUCCGAACUUUAAAAAGUGGACGGAUUUUGUUUGAAAGCCGCGAGGGACUCGAGUCGAGCCAGCGUGACGGUUUGAAACCGCAUCUGUGCCAGUACACAAAACUCAAAGUAGACCUUUAAGCAUCUAGGGCUAGUAGAGUAAGACGUACAGACUACAUUUAUUUAUUAGAGUCGCCGAUAUCGUUCGCGGGUCUCUUUAUCUCGGUGCGGCAAUGAAUAUUGAGAGCAGCAUGUUUCCAAGGACUACAAAAGUAGCUACACGUGCAUGCGAAAAACGUUUAUAUCACAGAUUUAACUCUAAGUCAGUGCCAUCCGGCAGUUAGAAUGAAGAAUGAAUAAUGAAUAAUGAAUGUAGGGCCAUCGACUCUCGGAUAAUUCAACGAUUGAUAGCGCGCGAGCGAUGGGUUCCGUCUCUUAGGCGUAAGACUACUUAGGACGCGCAUAAUAAAAUGUACAAAUUUGUUCAUCGUGCUCAUCAUAAGUAACGAUCGAUUACUUGCGUUGUUUUAAUCAUAAAUUUUCUAUUAAACAAAAUGUUUAUAAUAAACAAGACAGGCGAAGCUCUAGCUUGUAGGAGAGAAGGAAAAACAGAGAGAUGGUGAGAAAAUUGUAAAUAGCGAGAAGCAAAGGCGCCGAAAGCUUUCGCUUGAGUAAUUAUUUGUGCGAAGACGGCUUUUUUUCCCCUCCAUGCGAAGAUUUAUAUUUUAACUAUGCUUAGUAUUACUGGAGAUAAGAGUAGGGAGCGGCGUUGGUGGAUCGGAAAGUUCGCAAACAGGAAAGAUUUUUCUCCAAUUGAAAAGAAAAUUUUACGACUGCGCAGCGAUUUUAAAGAAUGAGGACUUUGCGUAUUUAAUGUUCAUUUUUCAUUAUUUUUCGAUCCGUUAAACGCAGAUGGUGUGAGACUAAGAGCAAAUUGAUGACCGAAGCCCCUUUUUGGGGAACUUUGCGCUUACAAUUUUUUUUUUCACGGAAUUAUUUAAAAGUUGAAUUAUCAAAUGCCAGGAAUCGAAGAACGCUUGUACAGUAUUUUUAAUCCCAAAUCUCGGGCCUGGCAGUGAUUGAUCUGUUGAAUGUCAAAAAUUGGUUUCAGUUUAUUUUGUACUGUAUUGGCGAUCAUAGAAUAUAAUUGUCAAAUUCCUGAGUUUUUAGGCCAAGGCGGCUGCUUUGUAUGAUAAUAAUGUUAAGAAUGAAAAAGAGAGAGAGAAAGCGAGGAAUAUUUUCGUUCCGUUUUAUAAGUCUGGAGUUUCUUUUUUAAUGUUACUUCUUUUUCUUUCUUUUUUCUUUUUGUUUCUUUUAAUAUUAAAUAAUUUGAGAAACAAAAUGAGAUUCAGCCAUUGGUGUGAAAACUGAGAAGUUUAUUUGUCUUCGCUGCACUAUCAUUUUCACUAUUUCACCGAAACAAUCCUUCGCCAAUUGCUUUAUAUUUGAUCAUGUAACAAAGUGUUUAUUUUUCAUUGGAAAAGAAAAAAGCAACAAAGUGUGAUUACCUAAGUAUAUUCAUCUCGACUUUAAUAUUACAUAGUUUAUAAUAAAUAUAUUUGUACUAAUUUUAAUCAGGAACUUUGUUGUUUUUAUUGCACUACAAUAUAAAUUAGUAUAAA